AUGGCUCUCGACGAGGAAGAGUCCGUCCGCAUCGCCGUCCGCGCCCUCGGCGACAUGAGGAACGGCGGCCACGCGUCCCCGUCCACUUCAUUCCAGCCAACCCCUGCUCUGUCUGUUACCUCACGCACUUCCUCUCCCUCUCUCCCUUCUCCUUCCAUCCUGGGCGAAGAGCGCAUCUUGGGUGACGCCACGAUCGACAGCCUCGGAGACCGACGCACGGGCGAAGAUACCGACUUUGUUUCCCGAGUGUCUAAUCUCCCUGUGUUCAAGCCCGCUCUGAGUCUGUAUGAACAGGGAAAGGCCAGCUCGAGGCUUGUCAAGUACGGCGCGGAAAUGAUGGAGUCAUCCGUGAAGACGAUUUCGCGCCCGGUCUUUGAUCGCCUCCCUGUCGAUCAGCUGGACGAGUUUGCCUGUAGGCAGUUGGACAGGCCCGAUAACCAGCAGAUAGCGCAGCGUAGUCGAUGGCAAGCCAUGCUACUCGAAGCUGGUGGUUUGGGUGUGGCCUUCAGUGAAGAAAGUAUGCGCAGACUCAAGUACUGUCUGCAGUGGCUUCAGUAUGCAACAACACAUAUUGACGCGCAAAUCCUCGUCCUGCGUAAUUUCAUUGCAUCUCUGCAAUCUUCGCUAUCAUCUAACAAUGAUUCAUCUACUUGCGUCUUGAUUUCUCACCAUCACCUUCGUACGCUGAAUGCCGCAAAGCGGGACGUCGUCGAUACCCUGCGACAGGUCGUCAACGUUGUCAGUCGGUAUGCAGGCAGUGCUCUCCGUGAGCCGGCGCGCUCUCGUGUGCGGACCUUCAUUCUGCGGCUUCCCCAGCGUUGGGCUGAAGCCGCUGGUGCCGAUGGACUUGCUGCAGACGUCAGACCAGAGGGUGGAGUGGAUAGAGUGGAGAUGCGGCGCACUAAUCCCGGCCCGGCGCCGUACAGUUAUGGGCCUAGUGAAUGCGGACCGUCACCUCGCUCGCGCGCUCCGUCUCGUACUACAUCGCCAAGUCAGUCAAGGGCCCAUUCGCGCCAGGCAACCGGAUCCACGGUGGGCGCUGUGCCCACGACCGCCGAUGCAGCCCACCAGGCUGCGCAGCGCAUAUUGACGUUGGCAACGGAAAGCCUGGACAUGCUGCGAGGCGUUACUGCGGUGGUUUCAGAGAGCUUGGACCGAGCAGAUGCCUGGGUGGAACGGCUCCGCAUUGUCGGCCUGCAGCGGCAACAGAACGGAGAGGACGUCCAUGCGGACGACGGUCUGCCUGCCCCUCCCGAUUUUCCAGAGCUGCCGUCCCGGAUAGCGCCAGACGCGCUCCACCCGAAUUUCUACAACCACCGACCGUCACAGCCGCACUCCCCCGCGUCGCCCCUUUCCCCGUUUGCGCCCCUCACCCCGAUGUCGCCGAGCGCCGCUAAUUCCGGACACACCACGCCGACACACACCCUGUCGCGCAACAGCUCGAGCUCGGCGCUAAGUUUGUCGCUCUCGAGCUUCUACACCGCGAGCUCGCUGGACGCAGGGAGCACGGCCGCGUCGCUGAAAGCCCUCUCGCUCUCGUCGGCCGCGGGGUCGCGCUACACGACGCCGCGCAGCAGCCUGUCGAGCCUGCCGCCCGAGGGCGAGGGUGGAGGGGGGCCGCACGCGCAGAGCCCGGGCUCGGUGGGGGGGAGCAGGGGCGCAAAAAGGCCGGCUGCGGACGCGGGGGACGACCCCACUGUGCUGGCGGCGACGGCGCUGGCAGGCAUGGCGGGGUCUGUGAAGCGGGCGAAGCAGGAGAGGGAUCUGGACCAGGAGGACCGGAUGGAGGUGGACAAGUGA